UCGUUAUGACGUAAGCUCUCUCUCAGCGCUCCCAUUGGCUGUUUUGUGUCAGCUGGGUCAAUGCACCGGAAACGGGAACUCUUGAUCGCGUUGAUCCUCAUCUGCUGUAGUUCAGUGUAUGUUUAAUUAUUUUCCACAAUAUUCGCUUUGUGACUUACAUAAUUAGUUAUUUAUUUAAAGGAGGUGUUUUUAGAAUGGGUCAUAAUUUCUGAACUGAAACUGAAGUCAUACUUGCUGUGCUCUAAACUCUGAUUAUUAACCAUGUCGGGGAGUUUUUAUUUCGUUAUGGUGGGUCACCAUGAUAACCCAGUGUUUGAGAUGGAGUUUCUCCCUCCUGGAAAGUCAGAAGCAAAGGAUGACCACAGACAUCUGAACCAGUUCAUCGCUCAUGCUGCUCUGGAUCUGCUGGAUGAGAACAUGUGGCAGUCCAACAACAUGUACCUGAAGACUGUGGACAAAUUCAACGAGUGGUUUGUGUCUGCCUUCGUCACAGCUGCUCAUAUGAGAUUUAUUAUGCUCCAUGAUGUUCGGCAAGAGGACGGAAUCAAGAACUUCUUUAAUGAUGUUUAUGAUCUGUACAUCAAGUUUGCAAUGAAUCCCUUCUACGAAGCCAACGCACCGAUUCGCUCCACAGCUUUCGACAGGAAAGUGCAGUUUCUUGGGAAGAAGCAUCUGCUCAGUUGAUUCAUUUGACUGAAUGUUUUUUGCGUUUUUGUUGUCAUGCAUAAAUAUACAGGUGUGCUGUUAAUGUUUCAGUUGUUUAUACUCAUCAUUGCCAGCUUAUAUUCACACUCUUACCUACUACUGUACAACAAAUGAAGUGUGAUUAGAUUAUUUUUAAAGCAUAAAACAGGAAUGCAAAAAUAAAUGUACACACUAAACCUUUCAAAUGCAACAACUAUUACCUGUGGUCAGCCGCAUGAUGCUUUUGUACAAUACUGUACUAAUAACCUUAAAUCAAAUAAACAAUUUCAUCCACUACUGUUCAAUACUUCUUUAAUUUCAAUAUAACAAUGUACAAUAUUGAGAUUUUAGUGCUUCUUUUCAAAGUACGUGCUUAGACACUUCACCUCAUCCAUAUUUUUUUCAUAUCAUCCAUACUCUCUACAUAAUUAUGCUAAUAUAUAUUAGAAAUCAGCCACAGUGUAUGAACGCCUGUCCUGCAUAAGUUAAUCAUAGUUAUAGGAAAAGAAAAUCAC